ACAAAUUUCUUAUUCAAAUGCGUCUUGAUUGUUUAUUUAUAUUAGUACUUAAGACUCUGCUAGUAAGUCUAAUAAAUACUAAAAACAUCCGAAAUAUGAAACCCGAUCAAAGGAAUAACACACUACUGGUGCGAACGCCACUUCAGAGUUCUGAUUCUAGAUGAGGCUGCGUUGAAUUUUUAUUGUGGUAGUAGUGGCGAGCAUUGUUCGAAUGUCGAAGCGGCGGCGGCGGCGGUUGUGUUGAUGUCAUUGUUGUCGCCCGGUGUUUUUUCGACGGACGACGGCAGCGGCGCAACCUUGGACACGAAAUCGGCGGCAGACUGAGUUUUUGUUUUCCGAAUGUAUAGACGGAAAACAUUUUGUUGAUCGAAACCAGGUGCGCAUGCGCCACGGCAACAACGCACCGCGACCAGCAGAUGUUCACUAAACAUUGUUUUAUAACGUGAACUAAACCCAAGGUCGCUGCAGUUUGCCAUCAACCAUUAUCCCAUUCAAACGCGUGUUAUACCCAAUGUUAUUAUUUUGAUACCGGCAACACCUCCACCGUCAACAAUUGCCACCACCGUCUCCUCGACUGUUUCUUUGCCGUCGUUUAAUCGUUAAUAACAUGAUAUAGUUUGCCCUGAAAUCGCUAUGUGUUUAGUAUCGACAAUUUUUUGCGAAAACGUCUGUGCCCCCGUUUCCGUGUUGUGAUCGAUUCCUUUACGACUAUUUUGAUCCAACAAGUACUCGACCCAAAAUAGUCCUCUCGGCAUGGAAUGGUACAGGGAACAGACCGUCCAACUGAUCGACCUUUUUCGGGCUCGGCCGGCUUUGUGGGACACUAGUUCGGUGCACUAUCGGAACAAGCGGAUGAAAAAUGAAGCUCUUGAGCAGAUCAGCGCCAAGCUCAAAUGUCCAAAGGAAGAAAUCGCCAAAAAGAUCUGCACGCUCAGAGUACAGUUCAGCCGUGAAAACGUCAAAGUUAAGAGGGCCCAAGAAGCCGGCACUGUGUACAAUCCCAAAUGGUUUGGUUAUCAGUUGCUGUGCUUCCUCAAUGACCAAUCGCGGUUUUCCUCUGGAACGUCCGGCGUAUCCAACUAUGCCGCUGCCGUCGCAGCAGCCCACGCAGCCGCCCAGCAUCAGGACGGGGAAAAUCAACAGUUCCAAUGGGGUGCUCCGUUGUCAGAUGAUAACAGUUAUAUAGAGGCAGCUAACGAUACAAAUACGAGCAGCUAUGAAGCAGACAGCGUGCAGGCGUCCACAUUGCACGGUUCCUCCAAAAUUGAUUUCCACCACAUGGACGAUUACCGUGAGCCCAUAGUGGACGUGCAAGAGCCACAAAUGCCGUGGCAAAGUCGUAAAAACAGGGCCCAACCCGAUGACUCUGACGACGAUAUUGGCGGAGGAUAUAGGAAAAUGAUCCGGAUGAGCAAGCCGGAAACUGACGAAUUCAACACGUUUUCCGAUUAUAUCGCCGAGCGAAUGCGUAACCUUAAAGGUGACAAAGCUCUACAACUGAUGGCUCGACGUGACAUCGAACAAGUGCUGUUCAAAUACGAGAUGAAGUUGCUGGAACAGAAACGGGAUACUCAACCGGAGACCAUGGCGGCCACAACCUCUAAGUCGAUAUCACCAACGCCUACCAGUGACUCAGAACAACAAUAGAUCAGUCCAUCAAUGUUUUAUUCCUAAAAAGUCGUUGCUUGACCAUUUUAUCCAACGUUGUUUUUUUAUAUAUAAAAAAUUUAAUAUUUCAUGUAGAUAUAUUUUUAAUUUAAACAUUUUAGUAUUUAAAGUUUCAAAACGUCAACGAAAAUAAAACAAAUUAAUUGUUA